AUUUAAUGUACAUUAUAAAACUACAUAUGAUCGUUCCCUUACCAGUCUUUUCUCUCUCUCUCUUGAAGUUAAUAAGACAUAUAGCCUAAACGCAGUUGGUUAUGUUACCAAGAAACCGCAACGUCCUCCAUCCUAAAGACCUUCCCCUGCUGGAAAACUUAAAGUUAUGGCUUUAGCGCUGACUGUUGCAAAGCGCUGACACCAGACACACCUUCCAAAAAUGCUAAAGAAACAUCUCCUCGUGGAAAACUUCAUCAUAUCAAAUGAGAAGUGUUUCCGAAAGCUGUGCUGUAAAGGUCCACCCUCUCCUAGACCAGAGUAUGAUGUGGUGUGUAUUGGACUCAGCGGUGCUGGCAAAACCACACUCAUUUCACGGCUCUGUAGCGAAGGUCUCGAUGGCAUUGUACCAACCGCAGGUUUCAGCAUAAAGGCAGUGGCUUUCCCGAAAGCAGUACUGAAUGUGAAGGAACUUGGAGGGGCAGACAAUAUCAAGAAAUACUGGAGCCGGUACUACCAAGGCUCUCAAGGAGUGGUAUUCAUUCUUGACAGUACUGUUUCGGAUGAGAAGAUGGAGGCUUGCCGAUCUGAGCUCCAUUUGGCCCUGCAGCACCCUCAGCUCUGCACACUCCCCUUCCUCAUCCUUGCCAACCACCAAGAUUCACCAGCUGCCCGUUCUGUCCCAGAGAUAAAGAAGUAUUUUGAAUUGGAGCCACUGGCAAGAGGGAAGAGAUGGAUCUUUCAGGGAAGCUCAAUAAACAACAUGGAGGCUGUGAGGGAGAGCUUCAGUCAGUUCAUCAGCCUUUUGGAAGAGAAGGAGCUGCAAAGCAGCAGGAUAUGAUUCAGAACACAAGUUCAAAGAAGAAAACCAAAAACAAAAAAAACUAAACAAUUUUCCAGACAAGACAAAGAAUUUGUUUAUCUGGGGGAGUGUUGUUCAUCUGAAGGAGAUGCAGGGGUGUUUUAUUUUUCACAUCUCCAUCAAAAGAUGUUGUUUUUAAUCACCGAACAGAAAAGACAGACAUUGACCCUUAAACACCAGCCACAUGAGUCAUCACAAACUUUAGGUCUGGGAUCAGAUGUUUUUUUUUUUCUUCAAAAAGAAUAAUCUGGAAUAUUUAAGAGAUUUUUGGUCAAUAGCCAAGUAAUUUUUUAAUCUAAUCAGUAGGCAAUUAAGCAUGUGUAGUCUAAACCACCAUGCAAAGCAAAGCUUUAAGGUACCACAAGGUACUACUGUGAAGACUCUGUAACCUUUCAUUAUUGUUUAAAAGUAAAGAAUUUUAUGAAUUUCCU